AUGACUGAUGCACAUUACAGUGUCUUGUCUGUACUGUUAGAUCUCUCUGAUUGUCCUACAGAAACAGUUUUUACAGAAAAAAAACAAGUUACAGAAGAGAGUGAAGAAGAAGAGUUUAAUUGGGGAGAAUAUUUAUUAGAGGGGGUUGACACAAGACGUUAUUACUUCUCAGAUACCUCCGAUGAGGAGGAGGAGGAGUCAGAAGAGGAGGAGUUAGCAGUAAUCAACCAAUCAGAAUUAGAGACUGUAGCGGAAAUAAGUGAUGCUCGAUGUACUCUAGAUAAAGUGAAGGAUUGGUUGGAGAGAAAUCUUGUGGUACAGUAUUGGAUUGGUCGAGGAAAUGAACAGGAAUCCAUCGGUCGUUUUCCAACCUCCAAUCUUCAUACCCAUUGGUAA